CUUGUGCGAGGAAGGGUGUUCGUCCUUCCACUGGGCUUUACUUCAGAUCUUUAAAUAGUUUUAGCGAGCUAGAAAUCUAUGAAGGUGUCUAGUGCAAAUCACCAGGUAGCCAUGGCGAGCUUUCCGCUGGAAGAAGUACUCGGUGGACUUACAAAGGCAGAGCAGCAGGAGGGGAAGGUCAGACCACAACCAGAGCAAUCCAUAAAGUGCCCCAGGUGCGAGUCCACCAACACCAAGUUCUGCUACUACAACAACUACAGCCUCGCCCAGCCCAGGUACUUCUGCAAGGGCUGCCGGAGGUACUGGACCAAAGGAGGCACUCUAAGAAACGUCCCAAUUGGCGGCGGCUGCAGAAAGAACAAGAAGUCUUCUUCCUCUAAGAGGCCACAAGACCAAUCCUUCCACGCUAACCCCAUCACAUCAUUGGCUUCCAGUUCUGCGCUACCACCAUUCCUAGCUUAUGAUCCAAAUGAUCUGAUCCUGGCAUUUGCAAAGCUCCAGGAAGCUCACCGCAACCCUGGGCAUUUACUGGAUGACCAUGAGACUGCCCUUCACGGAGAUUCUAUCCCCGAACCUGGUCGUGUUCCUGAUGGUCUCGGGGAACCCGCAGAGUUCCUUGACUUUCUGAAUACUCGUACCACUGAUCCGACUGGCUUCCACAACCUCCACUGUGGGUAUAGUGGCAUCGGCGAUGUCUAUCAGGGUCUGGGAUUGCCUUUUGAUGCAGGCCUGGGUGGAGAAACAACAUCAUCAACAGCAGCAGCAGCUACAACUGUGACUGCUAAUCAAGUCUGCUGCAAGGUAUUGAACGGAUCGGAGGAUGAUACGAUGUCGAUGGGUAUGCAGUGGCAGGUUGCCGAGGAUCUCAACAUGGCUUCGGACUCCGGACGAGAUCAUCAAUGGAACGAGGUUGGCUCAGCUUGGCAUGGUCUCAUCAACAGCUCCCUCUUGUAGACAUCCGAAAACAUGCUUAGAUCAAAUGUUAGGUCCUCUCCUGUACGUGAAAUUACAGCAUCUAAUGGCUCCUCUUUUUGUU